AUGAAACUUAAUAGUAUAUUAUUUAUUAUAAGCAUCAUCAUCUCAAGUGACUUUGUUUUGAGUUAUUAUGGUCCUUUGAAAAUAAAUCAAACACCAAAAAUUGGAAAUUGGACAGAUGCUUGUGAUGAAUGCAAAAUUAUAAUUAACAAAAUUGUCGAAGUAGCAAAGGAUCCAACAAAAUUAGAAGAAUUGAAGCUUUUGCUUACUGCUUUGUGUGACACAACUGGAUAUAGAGAGGAAUGUCUUAUGUUUGUUAAAAGACUUGAUUUGUUUAUUGACAGAUUACUUCCAUUUUUGCAAAACACAGAUAAAGUCUGUAAAGAUUUGCAUAUUUGCAAAAAUCGUAAAUUGGAGCAUUUCCACCGUGUUGGAGUCCAUUUUGCUAGUCAAUUGGAGGAUAUAGACAAUGCUAAACAAGAAGUCCAUGAUUGGCUCGAAGAAAAUGUUUGUUCACAUACAGGAAAAUAUAAAGAAUUAUGCUCUCAAUAUUUGGAUGAAACAUUACCAGAAUUCUUUUUAGAAUUGAAAACUUUACUUUCUGACCAAAAGAAGUUUUGUGAAGACCUCGAACUUUGCCCAGCAAUGUCCUUCCCCUCUAUUGGUAGUCCUUAUCGCCGUGCUAAACUUGGCCCAAAAUUUAUGGGAAUGAUGAAGAAGGAGGUAGAUAGUGUUGAAGAUGAUUGA